AUGGCUGAUAGCAGAAUACCAGACAGUGCAUUAUCUGUUUCCUCCAGUAAACCAAGUCAUGGACUUUGUUCAGCUGGUUAUUGCCUGAAUGGUGGAUCUUGCAUGGGACAAAAUGUAUGUCUCUGCACAACUGGUUAUUAUGGAAGUCGAUGUGAACAUACAGCCAACCAGUUAUUGACAUUGAAUGCUGGAUUUCAGACAAUUGCACAUCAGGUCCUGCAGACAACAACCACUAUUAAGUUUACUGUCCAUGGAAGUCCAACACUGGUUCCCACUGCAACUGGUCAAGCUAUUUACAUAAACAGUAGCAGUCAAUACCUUGUUAUUGAUAGAACUGGCUUCACUUCUUGUUUGAGUGAUUUGGAUAAAUGUACAAACGGUUUUACCAUUACAACAAACGUCCAUUUUACUACACUAACAGACAAUACAUACAUAAUAUCCAGUGGUGGAAACUUGCAGAACACAAAGGGAAUAGCACUGUACUACCAAGGUGGAAAUAUUCACUUUGUUGUUAGUACAUCUACAAAAACAUGGCAUUUGGUAACAUCACACAAACUGACCCUGAAUGUAUGGCACCAUCUAGAACUUUCCUGGAAUCAAAAUCUUGGAUGUGAACUGGUGGACAAUGGUAAAUUGGUAGGAUCAGUAACUCAGCCGAUCCCUCAUCAUGCCACUGUUGUAAAACAGAUAGCCAUUGGAUAUGGAUAUACACAGUCAACCACUCAUAUCUCAAUGAAAGUAGAGGGAUUUAAAACAGUUGAUGCUAACAGAGCUAGUUUAGUUGUAGCAGGAAUAUUCACAACUGCAAUAUCAACAACCCACACAACUACAACACCUACCACUAUGGUUACCAUGACAACUGAAGAACCAACCACUACAGUAACAACUAACCAAAUGACAACAGAUUUUUCUUGUGGAGCUAAGGAAGUGAAAUUUGACUUCAUUGAGAUUAAAGGCAAUGUUCUUGUUACACCUGAGUAUAACUUUACUGUGUACAAAAAUCCAACAAUACGACCAGAAAAUAAUGGACAUGCUGUACUCAUUCUGAACACCACAGGUCAAUAUGUAGAACUACCUAACAAAGGUAUAGAAUGUAUACAAGAUAUGACUAAGUGUGAGAGUGGGUUUACACUUAGUUUGGAAAUUAAAUGGUUGGACAUAAAUUCUACCAACAAAAGGUACAUUUUCUCCAGUGGGGGUGAUAAGGUCAACAAUUCUGGCCUUGCUCUCUACCUGUGGCAUGGGGAACUUUAUUGUUCUGCAAAGAAGGAUAAAACAAUCUGGACAGCCAAAGCAAAGCUGAAUGUGAAAGCAGGAGAAUGGCACUCUUACCAGGUAUCAUGGAACAAGAAAGAUGGAUUUGUUGUUUAUUUAGAUGGUCAGGUCUUCAUGCAGCACAGUAUUAAGUACCCUAAUCCAGCACAGCCUGGGACUUUUCCGUUACUUAUUGCCACAACACCAGGUUAUAAUGAGACAUCAUUGAUGGAAGUGCGUAACCUGUACACCUGGACUGCUUCCAGGGAUGUUUUAAUUAAUCACACCUGUAUAACAGAAUUUCCAACAAUGCCACCUACAACUGCCAUGCCAACAACCACUACAAUAUCAACAACUACAACCAAAAUGGACAUUCCAAAAUUUGAAUGGAACUUUGUGACAAUACCACACAGCCAAACCAUCAUUGGGUCAAAGUUCAAUGCCACUGUACAUGGAACUGUAAAUGUAAACACUUCAGUGGGAUUUAACUUCAAUAAUAACAACCAAUAUAUUGACCUUGGUAUACAUAACAAUUUAUGUUUUGGAAACCUGAGUCUCUGUACAUGUGGACUAACAAUCAAGAUCACGAUUAUGUUUACCAAACUAGAAGAAAAUACUGUUAUUAUAUCAAGUGGGGCUGAGAAAGCUACUGGAACUGGUUUGGCCAUGGUUUAUCGUUACGGGCAAAUCCAUUGUAUGGUAUCUACCGCAACAGAUUCAUGGUUUGCUGAAUUCAGCCGUGAAAAGUUUAUUUAUCACCAGGUUCACCAAGUCAUCAUCUCAUGGUCCCCUAUUCAUGGGUUAAAGGUCAUAGUGAACAAUUAUGUGAUCAGCUCUGUGACAAAAUCAAUUAAACAUCAAGCUAUAAAAUCUUUCACAGAGCACAUGUACAUUGGAAAUACACCAACCAUCAAAUCGUCCACGUCAUGCAAUUAUUUCAUGUCUUCAGUCAUUAUUUGGCAUUGUUGGAUAGAUAAUAUUGUUGGAGAAGGGGAGCUAACUACACCAAUACCAGAAACCACAAAGGUACCAGUGACAACUCCAGUGAAGACAGCACCACCUACAUCACCUGCUCCAGCUCUCACUACACAGUACUGUAAAACAGGAUAUGUUUGUAAAGAUGAUUUGACAACUAAACCAGCAUGGAAGCCAACCAGUCCUAGCAAAAAAACCACUACACUGAAACAGACUCAACCAACCAAGCCACCCACAAAGAAACCAACUUCUCCAAAACCAACUAAAGCCACCACACAAAAACCAACUGCAAGACCAACCACACCAAAACCAACCACUCCAAAACCAACUAAACCAACUACAAGACCAACAACUCCUAAACCUACAACACCAAGACCAUCCAUACCAAGUUAUGUCACCAUCCCACACUUGAGACCAGGGGUCAGCAAUACAGGAGUAGCCUAUUUUAGUUGCCAGUUUGAAAAGUCCAAACAGCCAAAUGUGGAGUUUGUAGUUUGUCUCAAGAUUAAUAGGAAUUGGGAAAAACGAGUGUUAGUCAGUGGAUCCUACCAGGAAGUAAAAUUCACCAUUGUAGAAAUCAAUCAGAAUUUAUUUAGGAAACAGAUAACCUGCACAGUACAGGCCAGAUGGAAAGGUGAGAAUCUACUCACUCCAAUCAAGACAAGUAAUAUCAUAACUCCAGAUAUAAAGAUAGUUACAGGUAAUUUAGUGCUAACAGAGGGACACCCAACAGAGCAUAUUGUUGUUAAUGUCACAGCUCCACCUCAACUGUUCUGCUGUCAAGGUUGCCAAGGAAACUGUAAGGUUACCAUAACAACUCAUGCUAACUUUGAAAGAUUUUACCAGAGAUGCACUUCCCACAAAUACAUCCCAGAAGUAGUCAUUGGAUGGGCGGGGACUUCACAGUCACCAGAUCAGCACCAGUGUGGUACCUCCGUUUCCAAGACAAUACAUAUAUCAUCAUGGCAACAAAUUAUAAAAAUUCCAGUAAAAGCAACAGUGGACGGUCGUAUUGACAGGAACACACACAAUCAUUUUACUGUACAGGGCCAUGUUGUUAACCAGUUGAAGCCAUCGGUCACCAUUAAACCACACACACUCAAUGUUGGACAAGUUCAGAUAACUGCAAAUAAUAGUGACCACCAUGCUCAAUGUAAAUCUCUCAAUGACCCACACAUGACAACAUUUGAUGGAAGACGUUAUGACAACCAUAAUGGAGGUGAAUUUACCCUGUACAAACAUACUUCCUUGCCUUAUGAGGUUAGAGCUUUCUACACAAAAUGUUCAAGUAGAGGUCGAGCCUACUGUAACUGUGGAGCAGCCAUUAAAUCAGGUGAUGAUGUCAUCACGUUCCAAACCUGUCAGAGAAGUGGAAAUAAUGGUCAAGGACAUGGUCAUGGAGGUAUCCUUGGAUUUUUGUUCAACGGACUAACAGGCCAUGGCCAUGGACACGGACACGGCCAUGAUCAUCACCAUCACAGUACACCUGCUAGGAUAUCUGUCGAACUGUAUAAGAAUGGUGAACUGACACCUGGUACCCAGAUCUUACGUAUAGGGUGUGGCCAGAAAUACCAGGUGAUUUUACCAACAGGAACUGUUAUCACCAUUCAGUCCAGCGGUACUCAAUUCAUUAAUAUUUGGAUUAAUCCAUCCAGUGUUGAUAGAGGUCAAACUGAAGGAUUAUGUGGCUCUUAUGAUGGAAACAGGAACAACGAUGUAUUCUAUCCAAGCAAUGGUCGACCAGACAACAAUAAAAAUCCUACGCGAUUCUGUAUGAAAUGGAAACAACCCGAGACUAUAUUUUAUGGUGUCUCAGCAGAGACAUAUAACUAUAUGAAUACAUUCUGUAGCUGUAUACAAAACAAGGAAGUGUUCUGUAACCGUGGACAUGGUAUCAUGACAUGUGCUAAAUCAAGAUAUGACAUAACUGCAACCAUUCUAAGACAAGCAAAGAUACCAAAUAUUGGCCACAGACACAGAAGAGAUGUAGCUGAUGAUGAUACAGUACCUACUACUACUGUUAUACCUGUUCAGACAAAUACAACAACCAUCAAUUACACCUCUACUGAAGCUUACAAUAGAUGCAAAGAACUGGUAGAACAAAACAAAGCAGUACAAACGUGCUGGAGUACUGUUAACAACACUCUCUUCAAUACCAGUAUGGAAAACUGUGCUGAUGAUUUAGUGGACUCUGGAGAUGAAGUCUGGGCCUAUGGUUAUAUCACUGAUGUUGUAGAGGAAUGUCUAAAUACUCUGGCUAACCAGCAACAGAUUGUUAAUGGCACUGUUAUGCAACCAAAUGACACUGAAGCUGUUAAUAUGACAGAACUUUGUCAACAAGACUGUGGACAACAUGGAGAAUGUAUUGAAGGUGUAUGUAGAUGUGCAGCAGGAUACACUGGUCUUAGCUGUGAUGUAUCAGCAGAAGACACGGUUCCCACCAUGAUUAUACAGCCUACUGGGACAGGAAGUUGUGGAUGUGACAGGAGGAUCACAGAUGAUUGUAAUACUGUCACAGUUUAUGGAGACAAUUUUGUGGAGUCAACUACCCUUACAUGCCAUUAUCAGUUUACACAGGGACCAGUGUUUGGUAAACCAGCUUCCCUUGGUAGAUCUGCACCAGCCCAAUUUGUCAGUAUCAACCAGGUCACGUGUACUUUACCAGAAGUCAGAGAUGGGGUGUACAUAUCCAUCAGUAACAAUGGACAGGGAUACAGUAGUGACUGGUAUCUUCACACUGUGUAUGAUUCUGUGUGCUUUGACUGUGCACCAUCAGGAAAAACCUCACCAGCAAUACAAUAUAAAAGAAAGAACAAUACUUGUAUAAUAAAUGGCCAAUGUUUUGCUUCUAAUGACAAGAAAUUAGAUGAUGAAUGUAAAUCAUGUGACCCAUCUAAUAGUGACAACAAAUGGACAGAUAGUUCAGAUAAAUCCUGUAAAUGUAACAGUGAAACCGAAGUAUCUAAAGUUGGAGCUGAGGAAGAUAGUGUAUAUAAUAAGCAGACAGUGACUAUCCUGGCUGUUGUUAUAGGAAUCCUGUGCUUUAUAACAAUGGUAUCACUUUUCUACAAUUGUAAACUCAGGUCCAAAAGGUCACUAUACCGUAAAGAGGAGUCUGCCAGUGAUGAUUCUUUCAGCCAUCCACAGAAGAAGAAUUAUGAAAAUCCUGGAUAUAUGCAGGAACAAUCAGGAAAUGUUAAAAUGUAACAUGAGUUUUAGGUCAAUCCAGGGAUGUGGUCCAUUAUCAUGUACAAAAAUUUAAAAGUAUAUAUUUGAUAUAAUGUGAUUUAGUAUAUUUUUGUAAAAACUAAAUUUUCUUUGCAACUCAAUUUUCAAUGAUUUUAUAACAAAUGUGCCAAAUUAAAAACUUGUGGUCUAUUGACCAAAUUCAAUUUUUUGUAUUUUUAUACUUUGUAAUAGAGACAUUUUGAACAAUGCUUAACUUAUUUUUAGCUUUUUCAAGCAUUACAUAUUAAGGAUUCUAGAACAUUUUGUCUCUUAAAAGUUUGAUAUAAGGUGCUGUUAUAUUCCUUCUCAACAAGAAACAAAAAUUAUAGACAUGAUAGAGACAAGAUGUUUUUACUAUGAUUUCUAUUUUUGACUUUGUAUGUCAUUUGAAAUGAAGUUUACCUCAUGUAUGUCUAGAUUUCACAAAUGUCAAAUGGAGUCUUCUAAAUAAAUUGUAUGUGCAAUAAAUCAUAUUGUUUUGAAAAUGAAUUUGAUCUGCCAACUUAUGUAUAGAAUAAAUAUAAAAUAACAAUGCAAACUUUUUAUAAAUCAAAAUUUAUGAAAACUGGAUGAAUAACUUUGUUUCUGAUGGUUACAAGAGUGCAUUUAUUUGUAAUGCAUUUUCAAUAGGGUACCAGUGGUGUUUUAUAUUUUAUUUCUUUAAGAAUAAACUAACCAAAAAAAGUAGUAGUUCCUGGUACUAGAAAUGUCAGUGUUGUAUUACAGCCAAAAAAUACAUGAUCAUGUUGCAGAAAUUUACCUAUAACGUCUUUUUUUUGCACUUAAUAGGAAAGACAAAAUUUUAAUAGCCCCUCUGUAGAUACAUUGAAUAUAUUGUUUACACUUUGAUAAAUAUGAAUUUAAUUUUCUGAUUUUUUAAGACCUAAAUGGAUAAACUUUCAAUUGAAAAUAACCCCAAUACGAGUAUCAUCCAAUCAGGAGUCACACAAGAUUUUUUUCUGUCAGAGUAACAAUUGGGGGUAAAAAUUACUGGUAAAAUGUAAAAUGAUAAUUGCAUUGUUGUAACCUGAUCUACAGUACUUCAUCAGAAAAGUAUAUUCAUAUAUUUAUAGAUGUACAACCUUCUUAAAGAAGAAUUUGUCAGAUGCGUCUUAUAUUAGUGAGAAAUAAAUUAAAGUAAAAAUAACUUUGGAGAGGUAAAUGUGUAUAAUACCAGAAUGUAUACAGGAGAUUACAUAUAUGAUUAUAAGUAUUUUAAGACAUUGUGAUGUAUUUUUAGAAAAUAUUUAAUUUUUUUAUAUUUAAACAAUAAAAAUCUUUCUGAUUGUAAGUCCUUUGUUAAAUAUCUGUUAUGAUAAUACACACAAAAAAUGGCACAAUAAACUAUUAUUUUCAUUAUA